UUCAAGUUAUUUAAGUUAUAAACUAAUCAAAUCAGAUGCCUUAAUAAAAAAGGAGGAGCCUGUUCGGCCCCUCAUUCAACUUUCUGAAUGUCUGAUUGACAUAUUUAGUAUAGCUCGCUUUCAAGUAGUAGGGGUGUGACCUUCUAACAAGCUCACGCCUCAAUGGUGAGAGUGGUUGUCAUAAAAACAAUGGCUCAGACAGACUCGCACCAAUCACUGCUUACUGACGAUGUCUGGCUCCAACAACACAGUGUUCAUAUUGCGAAAAAAUGGUGAGUGUAUUUACUUCAUUUGGUUGGAGCCAAAUAAACCAUUUUCGAUGGAUGACGUCACACUCAGUUAGUGCAGUUCUCACCAACAAACAAUUGAAAACCCGCAAACGUCUCAGUCCAGAAAAGUGCAGCACUGUGAACAGCAAAGAUCCUGCGCAGGAUCCUCAAGCUCCCAGGCCUCUGGCAGAAGACCAAAGAAUAGAAGCAGUGGAUGGAUCUUUGAUGAGUGCAGAAACACCUGAGGACUCAGUCAGUGGUGUUGUGUUUGAUGAAAUCUGGACAAAAGAAAAGCAGGUUCAAACUCUGAAGACUUAAGAUCACCUGGAAGACCCAAUAAAACCUGGACUGAAAUAAUUGAAAACAAAAAUAAACGUGUUAAGGAACCCAGAUGAUCUAAAAGUUCUUCCAGAUUCCACAAUUUAGAUUCAAGCUAGCAAACAAAAACAUGAACGUCUUUCAGCUGCACUUGCUAAGAACAAUAUGAGUUAUAAACACAUGUUGGUCACGCUUCCUGAUAAGAGCCUUCACUUUCGGAGGGUUAAAGUUUUGUGCUGAUAAAACGUGUAAUGAGCACAUGUCACUGUUCCUGUAGCCAGAAAUAGUCACAGAAUAUAUAGUGGCCAUAUAUAGAGGCUGCAUGGAUGGUCCUUAUGGGAAAAAAAUAACAAUGUCUCAUGAAAGUCAUGCUUAUUUCAUUUUGUGUUUGUGCUUUUGUGUUUGUUUGAAGUCUGGGAUAAGAACAAAAAUAUAUUUUUGUUUCUCAAAUGAUUUCAUCAAACAUCACACAUGUUCUGGAUCAGUUUAGUGUUUAUUAUUGACCUUUGGGAGCAGACAGUGUUGUUUACUCCACCAAACAUCUGACAUUUGUGAACAUUUAUAAAAUCAAACUGUCAAUAACUAUUUCAAACGUUUUAUGGCGUUAUGCAGCACAGUCUGAUUUAGGUCCCUCACCUGAGGAGCUUCAAUCCAGGUGAGAUAAAUGUCAAAUGGGAUAGAAGUGUUCUGCAGUUCAGACACACAGAAGCUCCUGGUGAAGGAUGAAUGUGGGGUGAAGGUUUCUUCUCCGAUUUGAUGGAAACAAAACAUGAAUAAAAUAAAGCAACCUGAAUUGUGGAUUGUGUUGUGAAACUUCUGAGUCAGCGAUGGUCAAACAUUUAUUUAUCUUUAAAAAGAAAAAAAGAAAUGCUCAGAUAAUCAAGCAGUUUUGCGUUAGAAUCUGUGAAGCAGGACAGUUUAUCUGAUCCCCUCCCAGUGUAAAGGUUGCAUAAACAUACUACAAUCCGUGACUACCUGUUCAGGUUUUCCUUAGCCCCGCCCCUCUGCACUAACCUGUGACACGCAGCAGCCGCACCUGCUGGACGUAGGAGGAUGCGUCUAGUCCUACUACCACCUCAGAGCAUUACCUGAUCUGGAGACCGGAGCGGUCUGCCCCCCUCCUCCCCGCUCGACGCCGUUUUCAGCCGGUUCAGCUGAGAUGCGGGGGCUCUGGGAUUUCCUCCAGGACCCGGAGCUCGUGGCCCGGUUUCAGAGACGCUGCGGGCUCUUCCUUGUUGUCGGAGCCCCGCAUGCUCCCGGAAAAGAGAAGGGAACAGCUGUACCGAACGGAACCCGCAUUAACGGAGAGACGACGCGAGGCCACCUGAAGGCAAGGUUGAACCAUCAGGACCGGAACUGCAACUAUAAACACACCGGGAACGGAGGAGCGGCCGACCGCAGCAGGCCUCAGUAUGAGGUGAGGAACUGGCUGCUGCACUUUCUCUUCCUGUUGUCAGCUGGUUUAGGUCAUGAGAUCUUUUACAUCACCUGUCUGCCCUGCAUCCACUGGAACCUGGACCCUUUCCUCUGCCGUCGCCUCAUCAACAUGUGGACUCUGGUGAUGUACAUUGGCCAGGUGAUGAAGGAUCUGCUGAAGCUGCCUCGUCCUGUCUCACCGCCCGUGGUGAAGCUGGAGACCCGUGUGGACGCGGAGUAUGGACUUCCCUCCACCCAUGCCAUGGCAGCAACUGCCAUCUUUUUCACCCUUCUCCUUAGCGCCCCAGCAAGAGUACAGUUCCCGUUCGAGGUGGGUCUGCUGAUCGCAACAACACUGUCAACUUUAGUCUGUCUAAGUCGACUCUACACUGGAAUGCACUCAGUUCUGGAUGUAGUUUGUGGCGUUUUGAUCUCUGCUGUCCUCAUCCUUGUGACAUUCCCGUACUGGGAGGCCUUCGACCGCUUCCAGCUGACCAGCCGGAUCUCCCCCUUCGUGGCGCUAUCGCUGCUCCUCUUCCUCAGCUAUACAUACCCAGAAUUGGACCAUUACAGCACCACAAGGGGGGAUACGACCACCAUUCUGGGAGUAUGUGCCGGCUGCUCAGUGGGAUACUGGGUGAACGAGCAGCUCGGACGGACAUUUGAGCCAGAAGGGACGCUACCUGUACCCGUACCACCAAUGACCGCACCAGCAGUGGGGCGAGGGGCUUGCAGAUUUCUACUGGGGGUUGUGGCGCUGGUGGGAACUCGGCAGAUCAUGAAAAGGUUGAGUCUGCAAAUACUGUAUUUGUGGUACAAGGUACCAAAAAGUGAUGACAACGCCAGGAGGAGAAAAGAGAUUGAGGUCCCAUCUAAGUUUACCACAUACACAGUUGUUGGACUUGUCAAUUCAAUAUUGGUCAACAGAGCCUUUUUCCUGCUUGGGUUGCUUUGACCCUACAGGGAGGGGUCGUCCUUUGUAUGAUGGGACCUUCAGUAUUUAUUUCACUGGAUAUGAAAUGAUUUGAAGUGGAACUCCUCAGUUGGAAUGAUUCACAAUGGUGACUGACCUAUGACUGAGAUGAAGAAGUUUUGCAUAUAAACAUGUUUGAUGGCUGAGUUUGAUCAUCGUUGUAGAUUUUUGAAGGCUGGAUAUGUUUCGCAAUAAAGAUUAGAAGAUA